CACCAAAAUUAUGGAACUAACCAACCAGCAAGAAGCCCGCCAAGCGUCGUCCAUCGCGUCCAUUGCAGGAAGAGGAUUUCGAAUUGCUACUGAGCUGUUUACAGAGAAAAGCUGAAACAUGGCAUCGAUAAAGGAUACCAAGUCAGCAGGAAAGACCUCUAGGUCCCGGUCCAAGUCUAAGUCCAGGAGCCGUAGUCGUAGUCGCAGCAGAAGCAGAUCAAGAGGACGAACUUCAUCAGUAACUCGCCAACGCAAACCCACCACCCCAAAACCCAAACAGGAAAAGAUGGAGUCAAACUCACCAGCCAGGACAAGAAACAGAACCCCUGAAAGGGCUGUAACUCCAACCAGAAAGUCUGCUCGUCUUCAGAACCUGACCCUUGCCCCAGAGGAGAGGAAGCCAUUGGAGUUUGAACCAUCAGCGGAGGAGGAGAAGCGUGUUAGCCGCACAAAGAAGACAGAGUUUGGAGGAGCCAUUGGAGCAUUUUUCAUGAUCUUAGGACUUCCAAUCACAGUUUACUUUUUCAACUUUGUUUGCAGCAAGAACAAUUGCAAGCCCCACCUACCCAUUGUGUCAUUGGACUGGAGAAAUUACUUUGACGGUCAGGCUGCUGCGAUAUACCUCGGGUGGAUGGCUUUCCAGGCUGUACUCUAUAUGAUACCUGUUGGGCCAGUGGUCAUGGGUCAGCCUCUUCGUUCUGGUCAGCGACUUAAGUACAGGUGUAAUGGUUUUUACUCCCUUUGUAUAAGCCUUGUCGCCUUUGGUGCUGCUGUCUACUUCAAACUUCCUACUGGCAUUGUAAUGCAGAAGUUCACACAGCUCAUCACCACUGGAAUUGUCUUCUCUUCUGUCCUGAGUGUCAUUCUCUAUGUGAAGGCAAGGAGAGGACCUAACAAGCAGCUGGCACCUGGAGGAAAUACAGGAAAUAUUCUGUAUGAUUUCUUCAUUGGUCAUGAGCUGAAUCCUCGAGUAGGAAGUUUUGACCUCAAGUUUUUCUGUGAGCUGCGACCUGGUCUAAUUGGCUGGCUUAUGCUGAACCUUGUAAUGCUGACUGAAAAGUACAACAAGGAAGGGGCUUUCCCCCCAGCACUCACAAUGGUCGUCGUGUUCCAGGCUCUCUAUGUGGCUGAUGCUCUCUGGUUUGAGGAUGCCAUUCUGACCACCAUGGACAUAAUUCAUGAUGGUUUUGGAUUCAUGCUUGUGUUUGGAGACCUGGUUUGGGUGCCGUUCCUGUACUGUCUACAGACACGCUACCUUUCACUAUAUGGUGUAAAGAUGGAGUGGUACUGUCUGGUCUUCAUCGGCAUCCUCAACUUGAUUGGCUACUACAUAUUCAGGGGAAGUAAUUCUCAGAAGAAUGAGUUCAGGAAGAAUCCAUACAACCCAGCUCUAGCUCAUCUUGAGACCAUCCCAACUUCGUCUGGCAAACGACUUCUUGUAUCUGGAUGGUGGGGACUUGUUCGUAAGCCUAAUUACCUUGGAGACCUCCUGAUGGCCACUGCCUGGUCCCUGACAUGUGGGUUUUCUACACCAUUGGUGUACUUCUAUCCCUUGUACUUUGCCAUCUUGCUGAUCCACCGGGAAUACCGUGAUGCUGAACAAUGCCAGAAGAAAUACAAAGCCAGCUGGGACCGUUACUGUGAACGAGUGAAAUACAGAAUAUUCCCAUACAUUUAUUAGACUUAUCAAAAGUUGUCUUGUAUUAACUAGAAUACUCCACAGCAUUUGUGUACUGUAUGUAAUGAAUACAUACAGGUUAUUUCAGUUAUUUUCUUUUAUGUAUUUUUGUUAUAUUUUCAUGUUUACGAUACUGUUCAAGACCAUGAAAUAAAGUUUUAGGCAAAUAUGUGCAUAUUUUUAAAUAUUUUAAAGAUUAAAUAAUUUUAAAAUUAUGUUAUUACAUAUAAGUUGAUCAGGACAAAUUUAGGUUGAAGAUUAAAAAAGCAUCCACAUACUUACAAGUUUGAAAGUUUGUGCUUUGAUACGGUCUAACAUCUAUUGAAAUAAUUUUGCAAUAUUCCUUGAUGUAAAAUCAACUGUCAUUGUUUGUUUCUCAAACUGUUCUUGUAUGUGAUUAUUAUUUUUAUUUUGUUUUAAGAGGAAUGAAAAAUAGUGCCUUUCAGUAACAUUAUUCACUGCCCUUCCUUAAAUAAUGUAAAUUGCUAUAUUUUUGUGAGAGAAAGUUUUCACAUUAAUUCACAAGGAGGGUUAUAUGUGCAUUUUAAUUUCCUGCAAACAUCAAAUUCACAGAUAAUUACUAUUGAUAUUGAAAUAGCAUAGUAAAGUACAUGCAAAAGUAAAAUGCCAAUCAAUUCCUAGCAGAUUCAAUCAAAUAUGAAAAUGAAGAAACACUCUAAAUGUUGAGGGCGAGAGAGGGAAAUUAUUUAGCAGCUUAUUUUAUGUGUAAAAGCUGUACCAGUGAAUUACCAAAAUUAUGUUUACAAUUAUUUUUCAAGGAGUUAUGAAGGUUAUUCUAGAUGUGAAUAAAUGAAGGAUGUGGGAGACACAUUUAACAUUUCUGUAGUGCGGUAUCAAAGAGCAUCACUAAUCCUCCAUGAUCCUCUCAUGUAGUUCUGAAAUAGCCCUGAGCAAUAUUUACUCAUGUUACUGUUUGCAAAUUGAUGCAAUAUUUUAAAUUGAAUUACAUGUAACAAUCUUAAAAUUGAGUGAUUGUGAAUGUCGUAUAAGAAGGAGUUGAAACUGCAACACAGCAUUAUCAGGAAAAUCACUUUUCAUUUUUGUAAUACUUUCAGAGAUCUCAUCAUUAAGUGUGUGAAAGUGAAGGAGAGCAAGGUGCCAUAGGUAUUCCUGGCUAUAGUGUAAAAUCAUGUAUAUUAGACACUACUAUCACUGGUGUACAGAGUGCUGGAUGUAAAUGUGUAGUAUGUAAAUAGUCCCAGCAGAGUAAUACAGUGUCAUGUACAUAAGUUACUGUUUGUACAGAUUUCCUUUUUGGAUUCCCAUGUUGUAACAAAGCUUUUAGACUAAAGAAUAUACUAUUUUUAUGGAUGUUUGGAAUGAAGCAGUUUAUCAACAAUUGACAGCAGUCCAAUGUUUGGAGUUAUAGUGUUAAGGAAGAAUUAUAAUUUGUCAUUUGUGAAAUAUUGAGACAUUUACUUAACUUGAAAUUCAAACAUUGUUAUUUUAUAUUUUCAAAAAACAAAAAUAAGAUAUAUAAAAAAAAUGUUCCAGACAGAAGUAAAUAUGGAAUAAAAGUGAGUGUAUUAAAUAAAUGAAAGUCAUGUCUGUGUAAUUAAAGACAGUCCCAUGAUAAUUAUAUUCACUAUUAAAAUACAGCUUGAUUUCAGAA